UUCACUGAGAAGAAAUUAGGCUCCAGAGACUAGUGCUUUUCUUUAAGAGGGAAUUUGGGGCAAUGGCAGAGGGGAGAGCUGCCUGUGUUUUUGUUGUGUGCUACUUUUGUGCCGUUGUCGUUAGCCUGCCUACUCCAAUCAUUGAGGAUUACGAUGUGGACGGAGGACGAGACCUUGACAUUUUUGACAUAAAUGAAGAGGCUGGCUUGAAUCUGCACGAAGGAGACAUUGUACUGGACGAGAAACAAGCCAAGAAUUCCAUAAUAGGAGAACAGUACAGAUGGCCCAGGACGAUCCCUUACUAUAUGGAAGAUGACUUGGAAAUCAAUGCGAAAGGUGUUAUCUUGAAGGCUUUUGAACAAUACCGCCUUAAGACCUGCAUUGAUUUUCAGCCUUGGAGUGGAGAACAGAACUACAUCUCCAUCUUUAAAGGCAGCGGUUGUUUUUCUUCGGUUGGUAAUCGACGUGUGGGAAAGCAAGUGCUGUCCAUAGGAGCCAAUUGCGACCGUAUUGCCACCAUAGAGCACGAGUUCCUCCACGCUCUGGGAUUCUGGCACGAGCAGUCCAGAUCUGACCGCGACGACUACGUCCAGAUCAUGUGGGACCGGAUCACUGAAGGCAAAGGCCACAAUUUCAACACUUACAAUGACACGACCUCGAGCUCCCUGGGCGUCGCCUAUGACUACGGCUCCAUGAUGCACUAUAGUAAGACCGCCUUCAAAAAUGGCAGCGAGCCCACCAUCGUGACCAAGAUCCCGGCCUUCAGCGACGUGAUUGGACAGCGUAUGGAGUUUAGCGACAGCGACCUGCUCAAGCUCAGCCGCCUCUACAACUGCACCAAGGCGUCGACAUUCCUGGACUCGUGUGACUUUGAACGUGAGAACAUCUGUGGCAUGAUCCAAGGAGCAGGAGAUACAGCUGACUGGAGAAGAGUGUCCUCUGCUGCAGGCGGGCCCACCACCGACUACUCCAACCUGGGCAAAUGUGCAGGUUCUGGCUAUUUCAUGCACUUUGACACGGCGUCCGCUAAGCUCGGAGACACGGCUUUACUGGAGAGCCGGCUCCUCUACCCAAAACGAGGCUUCCAGUGUCUGCAGUUCUUUUACUACAACAGCGCCGGGGCCAAGGACGCACUCAAGAUCUACGUCAGAGAGUAUGACGGAGUCAACCCCAACGGAACGCUUCGUUUAAUCUCCACAAUACACGGUGCACCACAGGAUCUUUGGCAGCUGCACCAUGUGAGCUUAGACGUCAAGACCAAAUUCCGAGUGGUUUUCCAAGGCUCCAAAGAAGGUCUGGAGACUACGCCAGGCGGAAUGUCGCUGGAUGACAUAAACCUGUCCGAGACCACCUGCCCCGAGUUCAUUUGGCGGGUCAAGAACUUCAGUCACGUCAUGGACAGCACGCCAGAAAAUGUGCCAAUCUACAGUCCCCCGUUCACUUCCAAGGAGGGAUACUCUUUCCAGAUGAAGUUGUAUCCCAGCGGUAAAACGGACUACGCGGGGCAGCUGUCGGCAUAUGCCAGCCUGGUGGCGCUGGAGGGGGAGACGGGGCAAAAGUGGCCGUGUCCAUGGAAACAGAUCACCAUGAUGCUUAUGGACCAGCACCCGCACAUUCAGAAGAGGAUGUCCAACCAGAGGAGCGUCACCACAGAUCCCACCAAAACCUCACCUUCGGGGGCGUUGUUCUGGGACGACCCUCGCAAAGUGGGGGUGGAGGUGACGGAGCCUGAUGGGACUAAGUACUUCAGAGGGCCGGGCUCGGGGACCGCGGUGUAUCUGACCCACCUCCGCGCCAAGAGCAGAGACUUCAUCAAAGGAGGAGACGCCAUCUUCCUCCUCACUAUGGAAGACGUGUCCCACUUGACCGUGUCCCAGCCCAUUCCAAUCACCACCACGACGACCGCCGCACCCAGCCCCACCACACCCCUCCACUGCGGCAACCUGGAGUGUCAGAACCAAGGAGUCUGCGUCAUGGUGAAAGAAAAGGCCGAAUGCAGGUGUGCGGUGGGCGAUGACUGGUGGUACUAUGGGCCCAGCUGUCAGUACAGAGGCACGCAGCAGGAGAAGACCACCCUGGCCCUGGCCUCGUCUCUGGGUGUGCUCGGGGCCAUGCUGGUCAUCACCGUGGUCAGUGUGAUCUGUGUCAAGAAGAAGUACAAGAAGCGCAGAGACGACGGUGUGGUCAUGUCCAACGUGAAUGCCAGAUAAAAGGACGUGAGUGGACUUCAGAGGUGACUGAGGAAUGAUCAUGUUCAAGUGUACUGCAUUAGGGCGCCCUCUUGUGGUGGUUUGG